UUAAAUUGGCCCUUUGAGACAGUAAUAUAAUAAAACUCUGAUUUAGGGAGCAGUGUUUCUCUUUAUUUUUCUACUCUCUUGUGGGAAUGAGUUGCCAAUCUUUCACUUCAGCUGAUACUUUUAUACCUCUGAAUUCUGACGCUUCUGCAACUUUGCCUCUGAUAAUGCAUCACAGUGCCGCCGAGUGUCUACCAGUCUCCAACCAUGCCACCAAUGUGAUGUCUGCAGUCUUGCCUAUUUUGUCUUUGAUUCAAACUCCUAAAUGUUUGCGCACACAUUCCUCGGUGAAAACGUUGGGAAACACAGCAACAGGACUUCAUUAUUCUGUUCCUUCCUGUCAUUAUGGAAACCAGCCAUCAACCUAUGGAGUGAUGGCAGGUAGUUUAACCCCUUGUCUUUAUAAAUUUCCUGACCACACGUUGAGUCAUGGAUUUCCUCCCAUUCACCAGCCUCUCCUGGCAGAAGACCCCACAGCUGCCGAUUUCAAGCAGGAACUCAGGCGGAAAAGUAAAUUGGUUGAAGAGCCAAUAGAUAUGGAUUCUCCAGAAAUCCGAGAACUUGAAAAGUUUGCCAAUGAAUUUAAAGUGAGAAGAAUUAAGUUAGGAUACACCCAAACAAAUGUUGGGGAAGCCCUGGCAGCUGUGCAUGGCUCUGAAUUCAGUCAAACAACUAUCUGCCGAUUUGAAAAUCUGCAGCUCAGCUUUAAAAACGCAUGCAAACUGAAAGCAAUAUUAUCGAAAUGGCUGGAGGAAGCUGAGCAAGUAGGAGCUUUGUACAAUGAAAAAGUAGGAGCAAAUGAAAGGAAAAGGAAACGAAGAACAACUAUAAGUAUUGCUGCUAAAGAUGCUCUGGAGAGACACUUUGGAGAACAGAAUAAACCCUCCUCUCAAGAGAUCAUGCGGAUGGCUGAAGAACUGAAUCUUGAAAAAGAAGUAGUAAGAGUUUGGUUUUGCAACCGAAGGCAGAGAGAAAAACGGGUGAAAACAAGUCUGAAUCAGAGUUUAUUUUCUAUUUCUAAAGAGCAUCUUGAAUGCAGAUAAAAUUUGUUAUUGUGCAAUCACCAUUUUUUUCCUACUUUUCAUUCCUUUCUAUUCCUCAACAAAAAUAGAAAUUACUUAGUUGACUUCAAAUAAUGACUUCAAAUAAUUUUAUACCAAUAAAUGUAGCAGCAGUUUUUCUUUACUACUAUUUUUU